GAUAUAGCCUGGUACGAUGAUAAAGAAAACAGCACAGGAGCCUUGACCACAACAUUAGCCAUGGAUGUAGCACAGAUUCAAGGGGCAACUUCACGAGUUGGUAUCAUAACACAAGAUGUGACCAGCAUGGUGCUGUCUAUUCUCAUCUCCUUCAUACAUGGAUGGGAGAUGACUCUCCUGAUUCUCAGCUUUGCGCCUGUACUUGCAGUGACAGGAAUGAUUGAAACUGCAGCAGUAGCUGGAUUUGCCAACAAGGAUAAGCAAGAACUUAAGCGUGCUGGAAAGAUAGCAACAGAAGCUGUGGAGAACAUCCGAACCAUAGUGUCACUAACAAGAGAGAAAGCCUUCGAGCAAAUGUAUGAGAAGACGCUUCAGACCCAACACAGAAAUGCCUUGAAGAGAGCGCACAUCACUGGCAGCUGCUACGCUGUCAGCCAUGCUUUUGUGUAUUUCGCCCAUGCAGCGGGAUUUCGAUUUGGAGCCUAUUUGAUUCAAGCUGGACGAAUGACACCAGAAGGCAUGUUCACAAUUUUUACUGCCAUUGCGUAUGGUGCUGUGGCCAUUGGAGAAACACUUAUUUGGGCUCCUGAAUAUUCCAAAGCCAAAGCCGGAGCUGCACAUCUGUUUGCUUUGCUGAAAAAGAAACCAACUAUAGACAGCAGCAGUCACAGUGGGAAAAGACCAGACACCUGUGAAGGGAAUUUAGAAUUUCGAGAAGUCUCUUUCUUCUAUCCAUGUCGCCCGGAAGUUCCUGUCCUUCGUGACCUGUCCCUCAGCAUUGAGAAAGGGAAGACUGUAGCAUUUGUCGGAAGCAGUGGCUGUGGGAAAAGCACAUGUGUUCAACUGCUACAAAGAUUUUAUGACCCCGUGAAAGGACAAGUGGUAAACCUAGGUUACCUACUACUGGACGGUGUUGAUAUAAAGGAACUGAAUGUGCAGUGGUUGCGCUCCCAGACAGCCAUUGUCUCCCAAGAGCCUGUACUCUUCAACUGUAGCAUCGCUGAGAACAUUGCCUAUGGUGAUAGCGGUGGCAUGGUGCCCUUAGAGGAGAUCAAAGAGGUCGCAGAUGCAGCCGACGUCCAUGGUUUCAUCGAAGGGCUCCCCGGGAAAUACAACACUCAAGUGGGACUGAGAGGAGUGCAGCUGUCCGGCGGCCAGAAACAAAGACUGGCUAUUGCAAGGGCUCUUCUCCGAAAGCCAAAAAUUUUACUGUUGGAUGAGGCCACUUCAGCCCUUGACAACGAGAGUGAGAAGGUGGUUCAGCAUGCCCUUGAAAAAGCCCGGAGAGGGAGGACCUGCCUAGUGGUGGCUCACAGACUCUCCACAGUACAGAAUGCAGAUCUGAUUGUAGUUCUGCAAAACGGGAAAAUCAUGGAGCAGGGGACGCAUCAGGAGCUCCUGAGAAACAGAGGCCCAUACUGUAAAUUAGUAGCCGCACAGUGUGUGCACUGA